AAAAUUGAGACACAAACCAAAGCGCAUUCAUUUCCUCCUAUUGUCGUCUUCGAUAACUCCCCAAAAACCAGGUCCCUCCUCCAUUCUCCUUUAUCAAUCCCAACCUCCCCCACCUCCCUCGUUAUUACCUGUUCUCUCCAUAUCCCAUAACCCAUCAUCUCCCACUCCCCCCACUAUAAUUUCUCUCUCUCUCUCUCUCUCUCUCUCUUUCUCUCUCUCACACACACUUGAGACCCAGAUUCCUUCCGAUUGAUGAAGCGUGGGUUGUCCAUGGCGGAGGAGGGCGAUAAUAAGAUGAAGAAGUUAAAGGUGGAAGAAGAAGAGGAAGACAAGAUUGAGCAGCAGCAAGAAGAGGAGGUUGUCAUCGUUCAAGGCCCGGGCUUUACGAAUCUGGACGAUAAUCUGAUAUUCGAGGUGUUUAAGCACGUUGAUGCCAGAACACUGGGAAUGGCGUCGUGUGUGAGCAAGCAGUGGCACAAGACCGCCCAGGACGAGCGGCUCUGGGAGCUCAUCUGCACCCGCCACUGGGCUAACAUCGGCUGCGGUAAUCAGCAGCUGAGAUCUGUCGUCCUCGCCCUCGGUGGCUUCCGGAGGCUCCACUCCCUCUACAUCUGGCCUCUCACUAAGCCUUCUCCGUCCUCUCUAUCGUCCUUGUCUUCUUCGUCGUCGUCGUGGGCGGCUCCGCUGAAGCCGAUGGUGGCCGCCAAGCCGCACGCUAGGUGGGGGAAGGAUGAGGUGAAUCUUUCGCUCUCGCUUCUCUCGAUUCGGUUUUAUGAGAAGAUGAAUUACAGCAACAGAGGCCCAGGAAGAUGAGGGUUUAAGCUCAAGAAUCGAAUAUUAUUCAUAUAUAUAUAUAUUUCGUAAUUUCCGUUGGAUUUUCCGUUUUAGUUUCUUGAAUUUUUCUGGGUUUUUGGUACUUUGAUCUGUACUGUACUGUAUGCUUGAUUGACUUUUCCUAAGCUUGUUCUGUAUAUUAUAAGAGAUGGAAUUUGCUGAAUUUUAUGUACUAUAAUUUCAUAAAUUAGAACUGGGUUUUGUUCUGUUUUACUAAUUAGCUAUUAGUAUGGUUAAGAUUGAAAUUGGAAUGGGAAGAACAAGAAGAAGACUGCAUCUGAUCUGAGGGUUUUGGUUGUGAUUGGCGGUACUGAGGAUUCGAUCGAGAGUGAGAACAAACAGAAGCCAGGUGUGCAGAUAGAAAUUAAAUGUCUGUUUCUGCCAAAAAAAAUUGUGGCUUUUAGCGACCAAGGUAUAUAAUCGCCAAGGGACAUAAGAAUGGAUCCAAAGAAAAGAGUUUCAUGGAGAAGAACAAAUUGUCGUAUUGCUAGUCUCAUAUUUAGCAUAUUCCUGGAGGAGAAGAAAAUGGAUAGGCACAGCUACAAACAGGCCUGCCUACCCUGCCAGCUUAGCUUUGGCUUUGCUCGACCCUAUUCGUUGUAUAAUUUGAAGGUUGUUCUGGGUUGUGCCAAAAUUUUAUGUCUCAUAUGGACUUGUAAUUGCAGGCUUAGGCUUGGAUAUGGUGUUUUCCACUUUUCCAAUUUGUUUUAUAUAAUUGUAUUUUUCCUCUAAUGGAAAUGGAAUUUGAUACC